GUAUUUACAACGCGAUGGCUAACAUGGUGCGGGCGGAUAAGUUUCGUUAUCCAUUAGUUUACGGUCGAGGUAAUUUUGGUUAUGAUAAAAAUCCUCCGGCGGCGAUGCGUUAUACAAAGGAGGAACCAGUUGUCUUGCCGGUGAGUCUUCCCAACUUAUUAUUAAACGGUUCUAGCGGUAUUGCGGUGGGAAUGACUUCGGAUAUUCCGCCACAUCAUUUAGGGGGAACUUUAACCGCUACCAUCAAUCUAAUUAAUAACCCAGACUUAAUUACUAUUCAGAAAUUAAAAGAGAAGAUUCGCUUUAAUGAUCAGCAAAUCACUGCCGCAGAUUUUAAGAUGCAGGAGGAGGAAAAUAGUGCCGCUAAACAAUUAAUUGAAGAAAAAUACAACGUACUAAUCAGCGAAAGAAAAAAAAUUGAGGAAGAUUUCAUUCAAUUAAAAAAGAAAGUCAAUCAAGAAUUAGUUAACGAUUUACAAGGACCUGAUUUUCCCACUGGCGGCUACGUUUUAGAAAAAGAAAAAUUACCUA